ACUGCUCGUUUGGAGAUCGACAAUUUGACUCUUAUCUACAGUGGAGUGUAUUCUUUGGAGUUAAAUGGCCAACUCCAGAGCGAGACAUACAAGGUUAUUGUGAUCAAGAAAGUCCCAAAGCCCAAGGUGAAAGUUGAGCCACUGUUUUGUUCUUCCACCUCAUCUCUUUGCAAACUGAGCUGCAAUGGAGGGAUCCCAGAAGCUGAACCAAUCACCUACAGCUGGAGGCGAGAUACAGGAGACUGGACUGAGUCAAGUAAACUGAUGAACAUCACCAAGAAUGACAACCAUGUUGAAAAUUUCUUCUGCCAAAUGAAGAACCCAGUUAGUGAGGAAGAGAGCGAGCCAUGGAAGAAUGUAUUCUACCCAGAGAAAGUCUCAAAGCCCACGGUGGCACUGGAGCCACUGUCUUGUUCUCCUUCCUCACCGCCCUGCGCUCUGAGCUGUAAUGGAGGGAUCCCAGAGGCUGAACCAAUCAGCUACAGCUGGAGGCGAGAUACAGGAGACUGGACUGAGUCAAGUAAACUGAUGGACAUCACCGAGGAUGAUUACCAUGUUGAAAAUUUCUUCUGCCAAAUGAAGAACCCAGUUAGUGUGGAAGAGAGCGAGCCAUGGAAGAAUGUAUUCUACGAAGACAGACAGCAGCUUUACGUUACUGUGGCGGUUGGGGUGGUGGCUGCAGUAUUUCUGAUUGUUUUUUUUGCUGCUUCAACACGAAAGAUCUUUUCAUUAUUUGAAUUUGACAGUGACAGUGACACAGACACAUUUCAGGGUUACUUUUUUGUGCUGACUAUGGUGAUGGCUCUCGUUCCUCUGUUUUUUUCGCUGGGUUUUGCUGUUAUAUCAGGAAAGAUCUUUUCAUUACUUGGCGGAUUUGACAGUGAAACAAGCAGACUUCUGCUUCACAUUGGUGCUCUGGCUGCGGUGAUGGCUGUAGUUUCUUUUCUUUUUUUUCUGGGUUUUGCUGUUAUAACAGGACAGAUCUUUUCAUUCCUUCGUGGAUUUGACAAUGAAAUAGUUGAACUUUGGGUUUGCUUUUUUCUGCUGGCUGUGGUGAUGGCUGUAGUUUCUCUGGGUUGUUCACUGGGUUUUGCUGUUAUAACAGGAAAGAUCUUUUUAUUACUUGGCGGAUUUGACAGUGACAGUGAAAUAGGUAGACUUCUGGAUUACCUUGCUGUGCUGGUUGGGGUGGUGUCUGCUGUUCCUCUGGGUUAUUUUCUGGGAAUGUUUUUUAUAGUAGCAUGUUUCGAUGAAACAGGUAGAGAGCAGCUUUACAUUGGUGUGCUUGCUGUGGUGAUGGCUGCAGUUUCUCUGGGUUGUUCGCUGGGUUUGGCUUUUAUAGCAGGAAAGAUCUUUUCAUUACGUAGUGGAUUUGACAGUGAAUCAGAUACACUUCUGCGUUACGUUGCUGUGCUGGUUGGGGUGAUGGCUGCAGUUCCUCUGUUGUGUUUUCUGGGUUUUAUUCUUACAACAGGAAAGAUGUUUUCAUCACUUGGCAGAUUUGAUCGUGAGAUAGAUACACCUCUGCAUUACCUUGGUGCACUGUUUGGGGUGUUGGCUGCAGUUCCUCUGGGUUGUUCGCUGGGUUUGGCUGUUAUAGCAGGAAAGAUCUUUUCAUUACGUAGCGGAUUUGACAGUGAAAGAGACAGCCUUCUGCUUCACAUUGGUGUGAUGGCUGUGGUGAUGGCUGUUGCUCCUCUGGGUUGUUCGCUGGGUUUGGCUGCUAUAUCAGGAAAGAUCUUUAAAUUGCGUAGCGGGGUUGACAGUGAAACAGACAAACGGGAGUAUUACCUUGAUUUGCUGUUUUGGGUGAUGAUUGCAGUUUCUGUGGGUUGUUCGCUGGGUUUUGCUUUUAUAUCAGGAAAGAUCAUUUCAUUCCUUAGUGGAUUUGACAGUGAAACAGGCAGACUUCUGGAUUACCUUACUUUGCUGGUUGGCUUGAUGGCUGUAGUUCCUCAGGGUUAUUGGCUGGGUUUUCAUGAUAUAGCAGUAAAGAUCUUUUCAUUAUGUAGCAGAAUUGACAGUAAAAAAGGCAGACUUGUGCUUUACGUUACUGUGGUGGCUGCAGUUUCUCUGGGUUGUUUUCUGGGUUUUGCUGUUAUAACAGGAAAGAUCUUUACAUUGCGUAAUGGAACUGACAGUGACAGAGAUACACUUCUGCUUCACUUUGGUGUGAUGGCUGGGGUGAUGACUGCAGUUUCUCUGGUUUGUUUUCUGGGUUUCGCUGUUAUAGCAGGAAAGAUCUUUGCAUUACUCAGCAGACAAGGCAGUGAAACAGGACAUCAAACAGAACUAAAUCAACUAAACAAUGGUGCACCAAACAAAGAUGGAGAUGGGAAGUCAGAUGGAUCAACAGCAUGAAGUCACUGGUUAUAGUCAGCUGGCAUUUUCAACAAUGGACCUUUUUCACUGCAGCCAGUUUGUGAUGAAAUAGCAGCAUAAAGCAGGGGUCCGUUUCACAAAGCAGGUUUAGUGAAAACUCUGAGUCUGUUAACCCUGAAAUGAGGGAAUCUCGAAGUUCUCUGAGUUUUCCGUUUCACAAAGGGAGGUAACUCAAACCAGAGUGCAAUAGGACCUCCAACUCCAGCGAGGUAAAAUAACUGGAUCUUUUUUUUUUUUU